AUGUACAAGUCGAGGCUGCAUGAGCUGUGUCAGCAGAGGAAAUGGUGCUUGCCCGAGUACAAUGCCACAAAGCUUGUCCUUGUCCACAACCCUCGUUUCUCAGCCUUCAUCACCAUAAACGGCGCCGCCUUUGACAUGGUGCAACUCGUCAUGUCCUCCAAGGAAGCCCAAAAUGACGCCGUUAGACUUGCCUUAGCUCACUUCACUGAUCUGCAACCCAGACAAACCAAUCAACCUUCUCUACCCGCUUCCUCAAGUAAAACGGUUUUAGGGUAA